AUGGAGCUUAAACUAGCCACCGCCGAGAAAGAAGUGCUUGAAGAGUUGGUGAAGCUAGUGCAGAGUCAAGGUUUGCGAGGCGAAAAUGGAGGAUGGAAGGAGUUUUUAGAUGUUUAUGACGAAAAGAUUGGAUCUUUUAAUGACCCUUCGAGGCGUUCCCGUGAAGACUUGGUUGCAUUUCUGUCAACUUUCAAGAAGAAAGAAGUUUUGCAGUUCCUGCAAUAUCACGCGAAUCAACUUCUGAUUGAAAAGCUGAAGGAGGAAUCUCCGGAUAAUGACACUCCUGAGCAGAGUCUAGUGCGAUUGACUGUUGAGCAUCCAGCUUACUCUGUAGACUAUACACUGCACCCUUACUCCAAGGGCUGGUUAGUAUCAGAUGUUGGAAUGAAGAUGUCGAAGGUGAUGAAAUCAACAAAAAUGAUAUCUGUUGAUUGUGAGAUGGUUCUUUGUGAAGAUGGUACUGAAGGUUUGGUUAGAGUUGGCAUUGUAGACCGUGAUUUAAAGGUGAUUCUUGACGAAUUUGUGAAACCGGAGAAACCUGUUGUUGAUUAUAGGACAGACAUUACAGGGAUUACUGCUGAUGAUAUGGAAAAAGCUACUCUCUCCGUAGCAGAUAUACAGGAAACUUUGCAGCCAUAUCUUUCCGAGGGUACUAUCUUGGUAGGCCACAGUUUGAACAAAGAUUUGGAAGUGUUGAAGAUAGAUCAUCCCAAAGUAAUUGAUACCGCUCUUGUAUUCAAGUAUGCCAAUGCACGAAAGCCCAGAAGAGUUUCACUUAACAACCUUUGCAAGUCUAUUUUGGGUUACGAAGUCCGAAAGGCCGGCGUUUCUCAUGAUUGUGUAAACGACGCAGCAGCUGCGAUGAAACUUGCACUUGCUGUUAUAGAAAAAAGAGCUAACACAACAAUCCCACCAUCUAAAGAGAUGUUGGAGGUUGAGAAAGCAAAACUCUUUCUACAUAAAAUCCCUCACAAUGUGCCAUCUGAAGAGCUUGAACAAGUUAUCUCUGGAGAGUUUCUUACAGGAGAGUUUACACUUGAUGUUAAGGCAGCAAAAACACAGAGAGGUUGCUAUUGUGCGUUUGUUGUUUUCAAUAGCUCAAAAGAAGCAGAUCAAGCAUUUGAAAACGUUGGUGUAGACCAAGGGCAGGAUUCGUUGGGUUUGCCACAAAAACUGAUUUUCUUUAAGCUGAGCUCUGGUUCAAGAGUUAGUAUAUAUGUCCGUAAAAUGUUUCAUGAUGAUUCCGCGUAGAUCUCUGUGACUACAAAGAGAAUCUUCCCUGUUAAAAUCAUGCAAGACAUGAGGAGGCUAAUUAUUUGUUA